CUUUGCACAGCCUUUCCUAGGGUGUGGAGAGCUGACCCCCCUGCCCUGAAGAAGGGGCACAAUAGGCUGGGACCUCUUUUGGACGAGGUGGCUGAGCUCUGCGACCAUGAAAGUCAAGGUCAUUCCAGUGCUUGAGGACAAUUACAUGUACCUGGUCAUCGAGGAGCACACACGGGAGGCGGUGACCGUGGCCGUGGCCGUGCCCAAGCGGCUGCUGGAGAUCGUGUGCCUGGAGGGAGUGUCUCCUACCGCCAUGCUGACCACCCACCACUGGUGAGUGCGGACAGGGCGGGCCGGGCGAGGCGCUCGCUAGCGCCCGGCAAGGAGCUGUGGGUGAGCUGCGCCUGGGGGGCGGGGAAGGCGCCCGGCCCUCACCCGAUCACCGCCCGCCCGUACUGUGCUGUAGUUUGGGGCCAUCCAUGUGCGCUGCCUCGCUACGCCCGGACACACCCCCGACCACAUGAGCUACUUCGUGUAUGACGGAUGUGCGGAUACACCCGCGCUGUUCCCGGGGACCCACCGCCUGGAGCCCAUCACACCCCCCUCGCCCGUCCUAUCCUCGCUGACCCGCCCUCCCCCGACAGGGGACGCGUUGUUGGUGGGUGGCUGCGCUGUCCUUAGCACCGCCUGGCAGAUGUACCAGAGCCUGACCAAGAUCCUGGGCACCCUGUCCCCUGAGAUGGUGCUCUGUGGCCACAAGCACACGUGGAGCAACCUCAAGUUUGCACAGAAAGUGGAGACUGGCAACCACGUGUGAGCCAAGCUGCCAUGGUUGUUCCAGGAGAGGGAUGAGGACGAUGUGCCCACUGUAUCAACGCUAGGCAAGGAGCACCUCUACAACCCCUUCCUGGAGGUAGCAUGA